GGACACGGAGUAUAUUUGAAGGGUUUAUCAUUUGUCGCUCUAGUGUAGAUGUAGAAUAACAAAAGCUUGGGUUUAUCAUUUUUAGCCCUAAAUUGAAAUUGGAGGUUUAUUUUUGUUUUGUUUUUUUGAGAACCAAAAUUGGAAGUUGAGAUGACGAGGACUGCCCUGCUACGUCUGGUUCGAUCUCAAUCUAGAGCUUUUCGUUCAGGUGAUCGCGUUACUAAGGUCCUCCCCUGGUCUCAUGUGUCCCGUGCCAAAUUUGAUGCCAACCCUACCGCCCGUUAUGCCCAUGUGCGCUGGGCAUCUCAACCUGCAGUAGCAGAAGAUGACGAUAAGAUUAGUAUUGGACCUCGUAAAGGAAGAGAAGAUGGAAAUGAAGAAAAGGAGAGGGAGGUUGUUUACUACGGUCCUAUAUCAAGUACUAUCAAGAAAGUGAAGCUUCUCUCACUUUCCACAUGCUGCCUCUCUGCUUCGUUAGGUCCUGUGAUCACUUUCAUGACAUCUCCGGACAUGAAUGUUAUCCUAAAGUAUGCAGUGGCCUCUACUGUCGUAGUUCUAAGUGCCUCAACAACUGCAGCCCUUCAUUGGUUCGUGAGUCCUUAUGUUCACAAACUCAGAUGGCAGCCAGGCUCCGACAGCUUCGAGGUUGAAAUGAUGUCAUGGAUGGCGACAUUUGUCCCGAAGACCGUCAAGUUUGCAGAUAUCAGACCUGCACAGACCCAAAGGCCUUAUGUGUCUUUCCAGGCUAAUGGUAACUUCUAUUUUGUCGACACUGAGCACUGCUACAACAAGGCGUUGUUGGCAAAACUAACCCCUCAGAAACAAUAGCCCAACUCCAAGAACGUAUAAUCUGCAGAACUCGAUGGUCAAAGUUUUUCUUCUGCUUCUGUAGGUAUGGAGAUAUACUGAUGCCGUUUACUGGGUAAACUUUUUUCGUCAAAUAAGUACAUCGAUGAAUUAUUAGGUUUACAUCUGCUCGAGUUAUACAUAAUGAUAUUGAACGCAUUUUGUCUGCAAUAGUGAGUUUAUCCUUCUGCAUUUUAUGAAACUGUGGCUU